ACAAGGAUUAUGGUGCUGGAACUGGAGGACAGAGACAAGAGAGGUUUUGUAGUUAAAAAGAAACCGGCAAUUCAUCGACUCCAAUCCCUUAUUGUCUGAUUUAGUAUAAUGAGUGUUAGUUGUUAAAGUGUGGAUUUUAUUUUUUAUUUGUUAGCCAAAUCUUUUGUAAACGCCUAUAUGCAACUAUCAUGCAGAGACAGCAACGCAAAUGGACAAAGAUUUAGUUUUUCCUUGUGUGUCUGAAGAAAGUAUCCUGUUUGAUAUUUCAGAGGUAAUUCUAUCACACCAGGUUAUAACAUUUAUUCUAAUUUUAAUCGCUGUCAGCGCUGUCGUCUGGUACAUUAGAGACUCAUACAGAGUCGACGACUUUGACCAGAAGCAUGUCUUCAUCACUGGCUGCGACAGCGGCUUCGGAAAUUUAGUGGCAAGGCAACUUGACCGUAAGGGAUUCAACGUUAUUGCUGCAUGUCUGACGGAGGAAGGCGCAUCGGAGCUGACCGCCGCUUCCUCUCCCAGGGUGAAGACGCUGCUGUUCAAUGUUACCGACAGCGCGAGCAUCAGAAGUGCGGUGGAGUUUGUGCGCGCCGAGGUCGGGGAGAGAGGUCUCUGGGGGUUGGUGAAUAAUGCUGGGCGGUCCAUCCCCAUCGGGCCCACUGAGUGGAUGCAGUUGGAGGACUUCACCAAGGUCCUGGAUGUCAACCUGCUGGGGGUUAUCGAGGUGACCCUGCUGUUCCUCCCCCUGCUGAAGCAGGCCCAGGGCAGGGUGGUCAACGUGGCCAGCAUCCUGGGGAGACUGGCUCUGAAUGGAGGAGGCUACUGUCUGUCAAAGUGGGGGGUGGAAGCCUUCUCCGACAGCCUCAGGAGGGACAUGCAGCACUUUGGAGUGAAGGUGAGCAUCAUCGAGCCGGGCUUCUUCAAGACUGGGGUGACUAGGCUGGAUCUGAUUGAGGCAGACCUGAAGAGACUGUGGGACAGGCUCCCUCAAGACGUCAAAGACUCUUACGGAGAGAACUACCUUGAUGAAUACGUGAAGGCCCAGGACUUCUCCAUGGGUCUCCUGUGCAGUUCAGACAUCUCCAAGGUGACCAACUGCAUGCAGCACGCCCUGACGGCGGUCCACCCCCGGACGCGCUACGGCGCGGGCUGGGACGCCAAGCUCCUCUGGAUCCCUCUGUCCUACCUCCCGUCCUUCGUGGCAGACUUCACCGUCAGUGUCCUCCUUCCUGUCCCAAGAGACCACAGGAAGGUCCAGGGCAACCAGGUGGACACAGGAAACUGAUGGAAUCACCAGUCUUUCGAUCGCAGCCACCUCAGUGAUGUCGAUACGGUAACCGUGUAGUUGUGUUAUUGUAAGUAACCCCAAGCUAGCUACAAGUGAAUGCCAUGGAUAUUUAAACAUAUAAUGAAUAUAUAGUUAUAUAACUAUACUAUAUUGACUUAACAUUCGGUAGGAUGAGAGUGUUGACUUUUUAAGGUGUAAAAAUGAAAUUCAGCGUUUGAAAAUGAAUGCAGAGAUCAUAUUACAAAAAAUUCAAUUUAUUAAUUCUGUCAAGCAACAUAAAUCUGACUUCCACUCUAUCUAAAAAAAACAUUUGGGCAUGUUUCGAAUGAUCACUGAUACAGUCUUUAUUUGUCCUUUUCAUCACAAUACAAAACAAUCAGUCUACGAGCACAUCAUUAUAGCCCAGGAACAUAAGUCAGACACUUCAUUUACUGACUUGACCAAAUCUAUUACUGCACACAUGGAUUUGUACUGUUGGACUAUAUCAACUCAGAGAGUCUGGUGGUCCAGAAUGAGAAUAAUACAAGUUCAUACAUUAACAUGGGCCUGUUCAAGUAUUU